AUGGAGAUCGGAAUUCUUCAGGAUAUUUUAAUAUUCACUGUGCUGUUGGUUGGACUUGUGGCCAGUUUGGUACCUAUAAAGGUUGGUUUUGACUGACUAAUUCACGUUUAAGCUAGCACUUUUGUAAAUUAAAAAAAAAGAGUUUUGCUAAAUAAAAUCAUGUAUUUUCUUACUUACACAUGUAGUUUAUUUUGGAUCUGAAAAUUUUCUUCUUUUUGACCAUUUUAUGUUACUUUAGAUAUACCAAGUACUGAACGACAAACUGCGAGAACAAUUGAUUAACAAUAACCAGAAAGAGUCAAGGUUGUCACAAUGGAUAUCUUGCUUGUCAUGCUUUGCCGGAGGCGUAUUUUUAAGUGUAAUAUUUUUGCACUUACUACCAGAUGCACAGUAAGUCAAAAUUUUAUUUUUUAUGUGAUUUUUAACGAGCUUUCUUAAUUUUUUGAUUACAUGAAGAGUUUGUAAACUAAAAACCUUGCGGCAGCAGUACCGUACUUUUUAAACUGUGUAUGCUUAUUAAAGCAGCUAAAAUUUAAAAAAACUUCAACGUUUUACUUUCAGUGCAUCACUGGAAAUAGUACGGAACAAUGGCUUGUGGAACACGGAAUAUCCAGUUGUCGAGAUCGUAUCUUUAAUCGGAUUCUUUUUGGUCUACAUUACUGAAGUGUUGAGUGAAACGUGUGUUACCCAAAAGAACAUCAUCCACGAUCAAAGUUUGGUCACCAAGAACCCGGCUAUAUUGAGAAGAAGGCGUACUAAUGCUCAAAUGGAUGAUAAAUGGUAAAUAUUUUAUUUUUUUGACUAGGCAAUAAAUAUUUAUUGCACUUUUAUGUACUGUCUAAUGUCAAAAGAUUAUCUUUCGAAUGCUAUAUCGUGUCGCUUUCCAGUGAAAUCCACGAAGAUGGCCACGAAAUUCCAAUAACAAAUCUAGAAGAAGCCCGCUCUUCAAUCCAUUCUCUUCAAAGCAAUGUUACUGUAUCACAUAGAGAAAGAGCAUUAAUAGUACGUACUAUAACAUUCAUCACAGCACUGGUAUUCCACUCAAUGGUCGAGGGAUUUGCCUUUGGUGUUCAAGGCAAUUCAAACACAAUCAUAUCAUUGUUUGUCGGCAUUAUUGUGCAUCGUACUGUAGUAGCCUUCUCUGUCGGUACUCGAAUGAUCAAUUGCCAUCCGAAUCGACCGAUGUUUGUGGUGGUCAUGGCAGUUGUGUUUGCUGUCAGUUCACCGUUGUUUUCUGUUAUUGGGAAGAUUGUCAAGGAUUCUACGAUAGACGAGCUUUUGAAGGAACAAAUCUCGUUUUUGCUAAUAAGCUUGAGUAUCGGGACGUUUAUGUACAUUGCUUUCUUUGAGGUAUGGUUUAGUAUUAGGGCUUUAUUUGGGAACGUUUUUUAGGCGCUAGGACAAAUGCGGUUUUUGGACAUUUGCGGAUCUGCGGUUUUUAGACACUUGCGGAUCUUCGGUUUUUGGACACUUGCGGAUUUUGGACAUUUGCGGAUUUUUUAAAGGGGGUUUUUUUUAUUUUUUAUUUAAUUUAGUUGUAGUAUGGUACUAAAUGGUACUAAAGUUUAAAUUGGCACUGUCUUAAUAUUUCUUAAUGUUAAAUAGUACUAAAUUUUUAAUCGGUACUGUUUUUAUAUUUUUGGUACUAAAUAGUACUAAAAGCCCAAAAAAGUACUGUUAUGUUAAAACCGUACCAAUUCAAACUUUAGUACAAUUUAGUACCAUAAUAUAAAUAAAUUAACUAAAAAAUAAAAAAAAACCCCUUUAAAAAAAUCCGCAAAUGUCCAAAAUCCGCAAGUGUCCAAAAACCGAAGAUCCGCAAGUGUCUAAAAACCGCAGAUCCGCAAAUGUCCAAAAACCGCAUUUGUCCUAGCGCCGUUUUUUAUAAUGGUUUGAUAUUUGAAAAUCUAAAGUUUUUGGAUAAAAAAUCUGAUUUUGAUGCUGGUGUGUUUCAGAUGCUGGCUCCAGAGAAAUCUAAUGGUAACUACGCCCUUUCUAAGUACAUUUCAACUUUAGCUGGUUUUGGUGUUAUUGCUUUAGUAGUAUACUUUGAAUAAUUUGCGUUCUCAAUAUUUUUAGCAUGGAAUCUAGCUAGUUAUCUUAAAUUGAACUUGCCACAAUAUUUAUAUAUUGAACGGUAUUGUACACAUUACUGAAUUUUAACAUUUUUGUAAAAAUUUUAAUUUUUUCAUUACUUUAUUUUAGUAUUUUACUAUACCCUACAAUAA